AACACGUGGCACUGGGUAAAGACGAGCGAAGAAGGGAUCAAAGAGUAGAACAGACCGGGUUUCUUCGCGUGGUCUUCGGACGAAGACCGAACGAAUCAAUUUGACGGAGACGGAGAAUGGAACAGAAAGAAUGAACAAGGGAGAAACAUGGGAAUUGCGGCGCAAAGGGAGGGAGGGGAAGAGAGAGAGAGAGAGAGAGAGAGAGAGAACUCGACGGUGCGGAACGCGUAGCUGACAAAGAGAGGCCGGAGUGGAAUAGUUAAAUGAGCAAGAGUGGGGUUGGGAGAGGAGAGCGAGAGCACGGGGGGACAUAUACUACGAGUCCACGCGUUCUAUAGUAAAUCGACUAUAGUACUAUGAGUCAGUCACACCCACAAGCUGGUUGUGGGUUCAAGACCCUCGUUGCGCGCUCGUACACACUGUACACGCUCUUGCGCGCGCGCUCACGCGAGGUCACGCGGGUACGGACACGGUCGAGAAUCUAUUGGCCUUGCUACAACAGAUCGUGAGGAUGAUCCUUAGAUCCGAUAAAAUCAUCGAAAUUUACCGACUGGACGUUUCUAAGGGCAAUAAUACCAGAGCGACGUCAGGUGAAUGUUGGAUACGGAGAGUAGACACGGUACUGGGCUGGUUCAGGGACCGACGAGGGACCCUUGGCUCACCAUGGAUUACUAUCUCGGUACGGACAGUCUAUCCCUGCAAGAGAUGCUUGACGUCGACAUCAAAUGCGAAAUCGAAGGUGUCAUCGGCGGUCACACGGAGCUGGGCUUCAAUAUCACCGACAUGUCCAGCUUAGAAAUGGACGACGAUCCUAUUGGAUGUCACAACGACAUCAGUGGAUGGUUUGGUCCCACUAGUUUGCUCAAUGGGAACAGCAACAGUUCAAAUAGCAAUUUUAAUCUUGAUCUCAACGGAAGCGACGCGGCCUCUAUCAUGGUGAAUCCCAACUCGGUGAUGCCUCACAUAGCGGUUCGAAGUCCUACGCCGAACAACGGUAGGAGACACUUUUCAUUUUCGCCGAAGAAAGACGCGAAGGGGAAGAUCGACGUCGAGGAGGAAGCCGAGAACGAGGGCAGCAGUUACACGGAGAACGAGAACGAGAACGAGAACGAGAACGAGAAUGAGAACGAGAAUGAAAAUGAGAACGAAAAUGAGAACGACAACGAGAACGAGCAGGAGAACGAGAUCGAGAACGACUCCGAGACGGAACAGUACGAGAACGAUAUCACUGAAACAGAGGAGGAGUCCGAGGAUGAGCAGCAGGAAGUCUCGAAGUCAAUACCUCCGUCCAGUUUGAAAACAAUCUCGAUAUCCGUUGCUAAAGCGGUCUCCCCUCAAUACACGAAGGCGCAGACCAUCCCGAAGAUGAACGACAUGCCCGGCAUCAGGAUUCAGAAUUUCAAAGUGUUGCAGAGCCCCAAUCAGACGCCUCAGCACGUGCGCAAGCAGAUUUACAACAACAACGUGCACAUCAAUCCGGGAGCGACCGCCGUCACUGCGGUGAAAAGAGAGAAGGAGUUCGAUCUGUCGGACUACGAUGACAAGCCCUACCCUAAACCGGCUUAUUCUUACUCCUGUCUGAUAGCGAUGGCGUUGAAAAACAGCCAAACGGGCUCUUUGCCCGUCUCUGAGAUCUAUAAUUUUAUGUGCGAACAUUUUCCAUACUUUAAAACUGCGCCGAACGGCUGGAAGAAUUCAGUCAGGCACAAUUUAUCGUUGAACAAGUGUUUCGAGAAAAUUGAAAAGCCAGCUGGCAAUGGGAACCAGAGGAAAGGCUGUUUGUGGGCUAUUAAUCCUGCCAAGAUAGCAAAAAUGGACGAGGAGGUGCAGAAAUGGUCUAGAAAGGAUCCUCUAGCUAUUAAAAAAGCAAUGAUAUAUCCAGACCACUUGGAACUGCUUGAAAGGGGUGAAAUGAAGUACGCAGGCAACGGCGACGUGUCUGAAGAAACGGAGAGUUCUGGCGACGAGGCGGUCGAAGAAAGCACGGCGUACGAGGAAUCUAUUCACGGUCAUAUAACUGCAAAUUCGGUGACAGAUAGUUACGACGAGAGUAGCCAAGAUUGUGAUGUAGAUAUUCACGAGCAUCUUUAUGACGAAAUUGACAUCGAGGACAAUAAGGAGGCGUUGCACAUGCAUCUAAAUAUUUCGAAGCAAGAACCGUUCGAAUACGAGCUGAGUUCCAAUACGAAAAGGCAAAAGACAUUAACCGGUGCGAUCCAAGGGAAUUACGUGUAUCAACCAGUGGCUACUACGCGAAGAAAAGCACCUGUUCUUGUACGAGCCGGAACGGGGAACAGCUCAUUUCUUAAGAUCGAUUAAACUUGGGUUUAUCGUCUAAUUAUAAAUCGCUAAUUUUAUACGUAUCCAUGUAGAUACAUAUACAAUCGUCAAGUACAACAUUUCAGGAAAAUAGUUGAUACGCAAGAAAUAUUCCGAUCUCCUAGUCUAUUCUUUCUUUUCUUUCAUGUUCAUUUUCUUAAUACGAUCAGUAAUCCUACUAUUCUAUUCUCCAUUUCAUUUACUUGUAAAAUGCGAGUUUCUGUCAUAUAACAGAAUAUUAGGAUUAAGCGACGAUACACAGAGGACUUUCGUAUUAUACACAAUACUAAGAGAAUUGUCGAGAAGCGCUUUGAGAAGAAUUUAUUGCGUAAGUUACACCUUUUUCUAUUUUUCUAUAAUACUCGACUGCUAUAAUUAUGCAACCAAUUGUAAUUUUUCACGCGAGAACGCGUCGCUUCUGGAUGAUUAUCUAGUUCGAUAACAUGCGAGUCUUCUGAGAAGAAAUAAAUGAACGCUAAAUGUAUUAGUUUUAAAAAGUAAUGCUAUUGUGUCAUUGAUUUUUCAUUCAAUUUACUAAUUGUAUAUUUAUUUAUAUACUUGAUUUGUUUCACGUGAUUCCAUCCCAUAAUUUUUGGGUAGCAAUUUGGUAGUUUUUUUGUCUUUCGAUUUCUUCUACGAAUCUUCUGGAAAGAAAGAAGGAAUAUUUUUGUAUCAAAUAUUUUCUAUUGACGGUGGUCAAACGACUAUUAUAUUCAUCACAAUCGUAAAUGGAUUUGAAUCAUUCAGUUUUUUUUUUUUCUUUUUUUUAAUCAACAUGCAAAAUAGAUUCAAAUGUAUCCAGUUUCCUUCAAUUUUUUUACGUAUGAUUGAUGUGUAGCUGCUACGUAAUUCAUGUUGCUGCUGCAAGACAUAGAGACGGAGAAAAAGAAAAAAAAAAUAAGUGUAAUACGUUAGGGGUAAUAAUGUAGAUCGAUAAGUAUUUUGGUCAGCGAAUGGCCAGACUGAUGUAUUAUACUUUUUUAUACAUUGCAGGAUUAAGUAAUAAUUGUAAAUUUCUACGCAAUUGUAUACCUGACAAAUAUGAAGUUACUUAGAUUCGCAUAACCAGGUAGAGUACAAAGCGAGCUAUAGGAGAAAAUCUGAAUUUGUAAAAUUUUGUAGUAUAUGUAGAAACUUGGGAAUCGUACGUAUACCUGAGUUAUUAUUAGUAUCUUAAGUUUUCAAUUUCUUUCAUUUCGUUCUUCAUUGCUUCUUUAGUAUUUUUUCUUUUUUUUUUCUUUUUUCUUUUUUUUUUUAAAUUUAAUUUAAGCAUAGUACUGAAACGUUCCUCGAUAUUCAGUUUUAGGCCAGUGGAACUAGGUAACUUUCACGUCGAGAAUGUAAUUAUUUUUUUAAGCAAUGACUAUAUGUAUAUUUUUUAGUCGUUCGUCACGAGAAUAAAAGGAAAAAAGGGACAAUUCACUUAAAUCUGCUUUUUGUACGUUUUAAGAUACAAAACAUAUUCCCAAUAUUGUUUUAAAUGCUGCGGCGUAAAUUACUAAACUGAAACUGUGUCACUAUGAAAACACAUCGGAGAAAAUUGUUAUUAAAAAUAAUCGGCAAUGCAUACGUAAUUGUGCGUAAUGUCUCAAUUCACUUAAAUUGCGAAUUUUAAUGUACCAUUGUACCAAUAUCUAAUUAUACGAGAAGAAUCUGA